UCCAGACACAUCCGUCUCCUUCUCUCUCUAUAUUUCCCCAAAUCAUUCUAUUCUUCAACAACAACAGAAGAUCACCUCUAUUACAAGAAGAAGCACUUACAACCAAAAACAACAACCACAGCAGUCGAACCAGAACACACAACCACAGCGACCAAAACAACAAGGAGCAGUAGUGCCGGUAGAAGAAAAACAACCCCAAUAAAGGAAAAACAGAGAAGGAGAUGGGAGUAGACUACUACAAAGUCCUCCAAGUUGACAAGAACGCUAAAGAUGAUGAUCUCAAGAAAGCUUACCGCAAGCUUGCUAUGAAAUGGCACCCCGACAAAAAUCCUAAUGACAAGAAGGCAGCUGAAGCCAAGUUCAAGGAGAUCUCCGAAGCCUAUGAGGUAUUGAGUGACCCCCAAAAGCGAGCCGUCUACGACCAAUAUGGUGAAGAGGGACUUAAAGGGCAGGUUCCGCCGCCUGGCGCCAGUGGUGCCGGGGGGCCGACCUUUUUCCAGACGGGAGACGGGCCGAAUGUGUUCAGAUUCAAUCCAAGAAACGCUGAUGAUAUUUUCGCUGAGUUUUUUGGAUUCUCUAGCCCAUUUGGCGGAGGGAUGGGUGGAAUGGGAGGUCCGGGCGGUGGUAUGAGAGGGGGUUCGAGGUUUCCGAGUGGGAUGUUUGGGGACCAUGAUUUCUUUGGGUCGUUUGGGGAGGCAUCAGUGAAUCAGCCUCGGAAGGCGGCACCAAUCGAGAAUUCGUUGCCCUGUAGCCUCGAAGAGCUGUACAAGGGGACUACUAAGAAGAUGAAGAUUUCGAGGGAGAUUGUUGAUGCAAGCGGAAAGACGAUGCCAGUGGAGGAGAUACUAACUAUUGAAGUUAAGCCCGGUUGGAAGAAGGGAACCAAGAUCACCUUCCCAGAGAAAGGGAACGAGCAGCUCAACGUUGUCCCUGCUGAUCUUGUCUUCAUCAUUGAUGAGAAACCACACAGUGUAUUCACAAGGGAUGGGAACGAUCUGAUUGUUACACAGAAAGUACCACUGGUGGAUGCUUUGACUGGCUACACGGUCCAUCUGACAACCCUUGACGGACGGAGCCUAACAAUCCCCAUCAACAACAUAAUCCAUCCGACUCAUGAGGAGGUUGUUCCAAGGGAAGGAAUGCCAAUACCCAAAGACCCUUCUAAGAGGGGGAAUCUCAGGAUCAAGUUCAACAUCAAGUUCCCCACAAGGCUAACUGCUGAGCAGAAGGCUGGCAUCAAGAGGCUAUUGCCCCCAUGAGGAUGGCAGUGAUUGCGCCUGUGAUAUCUUUCGAUGGCUGCAAUUGCGUCUGCUAGGAUUUUUUCGGGUUCAUGGAUUUUGUAAUGUGGUGAGCUCUAUAUAUGUAAUAAGCUUACUUACAGGUUCAUUUCUGAUUCUCAAAUAUACUCGUGGAUGAAAAACAAAAUUUUAGUGGUAGAUCAGCCAAUGCAAAUGAGGAUAAUCUUCCUGGA